AUGAGCUGGAUCCACAAAAUUGCAGCUAGCUUCAGCACCAGCGGUGAGAAACCAGUGUACUACGAGAAUUUUGGCCACAAAGUCAAAUGGUCACCCCUUCACCCGAGCCACGAGGAAGCAGCGGGCCUGCGGAGCCGUUGGGAUAAACUUGCAGACGAGUCACUGGCCAGGUUGAUUGCCAUCAAGGGAGAGAGGGAUCUAUACACUACAUUGAAGGAGGAACAUCAGAACGACGACGUGUUGGGCCAGUUGUGGACUGAGGUUAAUACGAUACCGGAAUGGGUUGAUUGGGAGCAGAUACAAAGGGGUCAAGACGUAUAUUAUCGAUAUGCAAUAGCUAUAGUAGCUGGGUUGACAUAUUCGAGUCUUCUAGGAGGGAUGGGAGCCCAUAAGAUCGCAGAGGUGCUAGCCCGUACAGGUGGCUUCUCAAAGUCGGUUGCGAAACGAAGGAUGUUUGAGACUACGCAACAUAUUUUACAGGUAGGUGCACUAGUCCGACUUCUUCACUCUGCGGUUCGUGGAAGGAUAUUAAAGCUCCGGGAGAAGAAUCCGGAGUAUUAUGAUCUUGAAGAAUUUGGGAUGCCAAUCAAUGAUUUCGAUUCAAUUGCAACGAUAUUGGGGUUUAGUGCAACAAUCUUGAUGAUUUCGUUACCUAAACAAGGAAUUUUUCCAACGAGACGGGAGGUUGCAGACUAUAUAGCCUUUUGGAGAUUGGUUGCACAUUAUGUUGGCUGCCCUACAGAUGCCCUUGCAACCCCUGAACUAGCAAGGGCUUACAUGGAAUAUAUCCUCGUCCACGACAUCAAGCCAUCAGAAACUUCGAGGAUCCUAUCCCAAAAUAUCAUUGCUUCAAUUGCCAACACACCACCCUCGUAUCCAUCCGCCGACUUCUUAGUCGCCACAGCCAGAUGGCUCAACGGAAACGAGCUUUGUGACGAGCUUGGCCUCCCGCAGGCACCCUUUUUUAGCAAGGUACUAGUUUUCGCACAGUGUCUAUUCGUCUGCUAUAUCGGUUAUUCGUCCCGUAUAUUUCCCGGAUUCGAUAAACGCAAGAUUGAGACAACAAAGCGCAUCUUGUUCAAGAUACUCGUCAGCAACGAAGGUCUGGGGGGUUUAACAAACUUCGAGCUCCAGUUUGUCCCGCAAUUGACAACGAAGACAGAGGCAGGGAGCAUCGAGGCCAUGGAUCUGAAGUGGAAGGAGAUGAGGGGAUCGUCGGAAAAGAGAAGUGCAAAGGUGUUGAUCGUGUUUUUUGUGAUUAUGGGGAUCAUGGGCUUGGUGGGUAUGUGGCUGUUUAUGAAGAUAACCCAGUUUGUUGGGCCGAGUCUGUUUGGCCCUGCGGCUGUUGGGUUCACAAUUGCUACACAGGAUGGUGUCUCCAUCUGA